GUAUAUUUUAUAAUCCUCACUUUCGUAGAAUUCUCUCCUCUUUUUCUCUGUCUGAGCUCACAAUUCUCUGUUUGUUCGUUGAGAGCCUGCAAGCUUUUUGAACGUUAGAUUGCUUCAUAACACGCUCGCAUUUGCUCUGCAAUGGCGUAGAAUGAACAGAAGGAGAGUGCGCAUUGAACACUAGAAUCACCGGGGAUGAAUCCCACCGCAGCGGACCCAACGCAGCCGCCUCCGGCGCAGCCUCCGCGGUCGUCGUUCAGCUGCGACCGACACCCAGAUGAGCAAUUCACGGGGUUCUGUCCGGAAUGCCUCUGCGAGCGCCUCACCACAUUAGAUCAAUCGGCUACUGGUAAUAACCCUUCCUCCUCUCGCCGCCCCUCCACUUCCUCCUCCUCCGCGGCCGCUGCUAUCAAAUCUCUGUUCUCUAAGCCCUCCGCUUCUUCCGCGGCUGCUAACUGCCUCCCUCCCCCUCCGCCUAAGCCUUCAAAACCCUCCACAUUCUUCCCGGAGCUCCGCCGCACUAAGUCGUUCUCGGCUUCCAAGAAUAAUGAGGCUCUAGGCUUCUCUGCCGCGGCCUUUGAGCCGCAGCGGAAGUCCUGUGACGUAAGGGUCCGGAAUACUCUCUGGACCCUCUUCUCCCUCGAUGACGAGACCAAACCUUCUAGCUCUCAAAACCCUCAUUGCAAUGAGGGUGCCGUUGAUUUUGUCAAUAGGCCCGUUCUCGAGUCUAAAGAAGAGGAGGAGGAGCUUGAAAAUGAGCAGGAUUUCAGUGAGAAUAGAAAUGAAAGCGAUGGAAUUGAAGAAAUCAUUGAGGUUCCAGAACCUCCCAAAAGCGAAAAUGGGUUCGAUAGGGGGGUUAAUUUGGAAAUUCUGGAGGAAGAAGGUAUGAACGAGGAGGAUACAUUGAAGCCUAUGAAGGAUCAUAUAGAUCUUGAUUCGCAGGUAAAGAAGCCAGGAGGAAGGGACUUGAAGGAAAUUGCAGGGAGCUUUUGGUCUGCAGCUUCGGUUUUCAGCAAGAAAUGGCACAAGUGGAGACGAAAACAGAAGCUCAAGAAGCAAAACAAUGGCGAAAGCUCGGCUCCCUUGCCUGCAGAGAAGCCCCUUUCGAGGCAAUACAGGGAGACCCAAUCCGAGAUUGCAGAUUAUGGGUUUGGAAGGAGGUCUUGUGACACUGACCCCCGGUUUUCGCUGGAUGCUGGGAGGAUUAGUUUUGAUGAUCCCAGAUACUCUUUCGAUGAGCCCCGGGCUUCCUGGGACGGGUAUUUGAUUGGAAGGAGUUUUCCAAGAAUGGCGCCUAUGGUCUCUGUGGUGGAGGAUGCUCCAGUGGUGCAUGUUUCGCGUACUGAUAUGCAAAUCCCAGUAGAGGAGCCUGUUAUGAUGAACUGCAUCAAUGGGGAUGACACUGUCCCGGGUGGCUCAGCUCAGACCAAGGAAUACUACUCAGAUUCAUCCUCCAGAAGGAGAAAGAGUCUUGACAGGUCUAGCUCUAUUAGGAAGACAGCAGCAGCUGUGGUGGCUGAGAUUGAUGAGAUGAAGUCUGUGUCUAAUGCUAAAGUGUUGCCCGCUACGGAUUACUUUCAUGGAUCAAAGGUGUUAAUGGGCGAUCGGGAUUCAAAUUCCAAUUCUUUGAGGGACGAUUGCUCUGAAACUUUUGAAUUGGCAGGUUUUAGAGACAAUGCUUCAGUAAUUGGGAAUGGGGAGCAGAAGCGUUCGAAAAAGUCUAGGAGAUGGACCUGGAGUAUAUUGGGGUUUAUAUAUCGUAGAGGUAGCGGGAACAAAGAUGAAGAAGAUGAUAGGUAUAGCAGGGCAAACGGGGUGGAGAGGUCCUUUUCUGAGUCUUGGCAAGAGUUUAGAAGGGAGAGUAAUGGCGAUCCAAGAGCAGGGCUUAAUAGGAAGGUGUUCCGGAGUAAUAGUAGCGUGAGCUGGAGGAAUUCAAACUAUAUGGGUGGGUCGUUUGGGACUGGAAGGAAAUCUAGUGUUGAGAUGAAUGGGAAGAAAAGAAGAGACGAUUUCGUGUUGGAAAGGAAUCGGAGUGCUAGGUACUCCCCUAACCACAUUGAUAAUGGUCUCUUGCGCUUUUACUUGACUCCCUUGAGAGGUAGCCGGAGAGGUAUAGCAGGGAAAAACAGGCAAAAUGGCGCACAUUCAAUUGCAAGGAGCAUACUUCGACUGUACUGAGAUCCAAGGACCGUCUUUAAUUCAAGAACUCACUUGCAGGAGAUCAUCUGAACUCUGAAGAAUUCACAGGCUUCCCCUGAUUAUAACAAAGAUCCAGCAUUGUCCAUUCUAAGUUGGAAGAUUUCACGUUUACUCUGUCAAAGCUUCAUGCAGAAUCUCCCAUGGCUUACCUGUACAGAAUGUCUAGUUUAUACAGUCAUUCUUGACACUAUAAUAUUCUAUUUCUUUCCAGUUUCUAGCAUGUGUUUUGUAUAUGACUUCUGAAACAUGGAAGUCUGGAUGUUCUAAUGGUGAAUGGAUGAAUUGGAGGGUUGAUUACAAGGGAAAAUCUUGUUGUUGACUAGUCUUCUAAAGAAA